CCGCGGCCACCGCCACCGGCCUCCCCGCCCGCCCAUGGCCAUUUCCCCCCUCGUCCUCAGCGGGGCCGCCGUCGCCACGCUCGCCGUCCUCGGCCUCGCCGUCUACGCCUGCCGCCGCUGGCGCCGGGGCGCGCCCCCCGCCGCGCUCCCGCCCUCCGCCUCCUCCCAGGGCGAAGAUAUCAACAGGCCUCUAAUAUCAGACAAGUUGGAUGACUACUCGGGCCCAAGCAAUAACCUUGGUAGCAAUAAUGCUGGUGAGUCUACAAUGUGGACAAAUAGGAGUACCACUUCACCAAGGACGCAUACUCAUCCCACUGAAUCUCAUCCUAUUGAAGGAGAAGUUCAUGUGAUUGAUGUUACAAAUGGUACACCGGAAGAGCUCCAUCUGGGAAGUACGCUGAAGCGUACAGCAGAAGCAAGUGUGCGAGCAUCUGAGGCAAAGCACACAAGAAGGGCCUCUGGAGAGAAUAAUAACGGCGGCAUUCCUGUGAAGGAUAUCACAGUUGGAAGCCACCUAGCCUUGGAGGUCAUAGCUGGCCCAUCUCAUGGAAUAAACCGCUACCUGCAGUCAGGUAAUAUGUCCAUGCUCCCAAUGACUCUUGGAAGGAUUCCUCAAAGCGAUUUGGUGUUAAAGGAUUCUGAGGUGUCAGGAAAGCAUGCACGGAUUGACUGGAACCCAAAUACACUCAGAUGGGAACUUGUGGAUAUGGGCAGUUUGAAUGGAACCUUCUUGAAUUCCCGGGCAGUUACCCAUCCUGAUGUUGGUUCUAGGCGUUGGAGUGCGCCUGCCGAACUUGCUGAUGGUGAUAUUAUAACACUUGGGAGUUCAUCAAAAGUGUCUGUUCAAAUUUCACUACAAAAUCAACAAGUGCCAGUAGGAGUUGGUAUGGUAUCUGAUGCAAUGAUAACCCGCCGAACUGGAAAGAAACUUCCCAUGGAGGAUGUCAGCUGCUACCAGUAUCCUCUUGCUGGUGCUCAACAGUUUGGGCUGUUUGCCAUUUUUGAUGGCCAUGGAGGGGAUGGGGCUGCAAAAGCUGCCAGCAGGAUACUUCCAGAGAAUGUUGCGAAAAUUCUUUCUCAGAAGGGAACAAUAGAAAGAGUUCUCACAUGCGGCAAUGCUUCUGAUGUUCUUAAGUGUGCAUUUGACUUGACGGAAGCUGCACUCAAUCAUCAGUAUGAGGGUUGUACAGCAACUGCCCUUCUUAUUUGGUUUGAUCAGAACAAAGAUUGCUUUGCCCAGUGCGCUAAUCUAGGUGACUCGGCAUGUAUUAUGAAUGUCGACGGGAAACCAAUUGCGAUGACAGAGGAUCAUCGAGUAGUCAGUACAACAGAACGAGCGAGGAUAGCGAAAUUAGGGAAUCCCCUGAAAGAUGGCGAAAGCCGUAUAUGUGGACUGAAUCUUUGCAGGAUGCUUGGAGACAAGUUUCUCAAAGAGCAAGAUCCAAGGUUCAGUAAAGAACCAUAUGUGAGCCCAGUAGUUCAGAUCUCGAAAUCGUGCUCAGCUUUUGCGCUUAUCGCUAGCGAUGGCCUAUGGGAUGUCAUUACCGCGAAAAAGGCAGCACAGCUUGUCCUCGAUUAUAAGGAGAGGAACAUGGGCCAAGAAAUCUCAGCGGACGGAGUAGCAGACCAUGUGCUUAGUGAAGCCAGGAAUCUGCGGACGAAGGACAACACAUCGGUGAUAUUCUUAGACUUCGACGCCAUGAGGAUGGGUCGCUGAACUGCCAAUCGAUUCAUUCAGUCUAGAGAGAAACCGCCCCGCUCGGCUGCUUCAGCCCCAUUGUUUUGUUCUUUUUCCCUUAGAUUGUUUUUACUGGUGGUAUGGCUCCUAUCCAGCACUUGAGAGAGUCUGCGCCUUGCUCCAGAGGCCAACAUACAACCAACCAACAGUUUUUCUUGUCUGCAACCAAAUUACCCGGGGAGCUGUUUUGUGCGGCUGUGCCUGUAAAAAAUUGUGAGGCGAUGUGUUAGGGGAAUGAUGUUGAACUUUACAUCCUGGGAUCAUAUAUACAUAUGCUUUGGACGAAGGCUCCCCUGAUACUGAUAAUAGUCAUAUACAGUAGAAUCUUUUGUGUUUGGCAUGUAGA